UUUUUGGAAUCUAUUACUAGAGAAGGAAAAAAGAGAGCAAACAGAAAAGCAAAACAUGAGCCCACAGCAGCAAGAUGGUGAGGAGACCUUAGUGGAAGCAGCAUUACGAGUGCUGAAAACAGGCGACCCAUACGAGAAGGCUCGACUCGGUGACUCUGUGGCAUCCCAAUGGCUACAAGGGACAAUCACUCAGCCCUACGACCCUUCCCUUGACCUGCCCGUGCCAGACCGCCCCGCCAGGCUCGCCAACGUUAAGCUGGUGUCGCCGAGUCUAAUGCCGAAACUGGGAAAAGCAGGUAGCUUGCAGAGUAGACAGGCAAUUGUGCAUAGCCUGGUGCACACUGAGAGCUGGGCUAUUGACUUGUCUUGGGAUAUAAUUGCACGUUUUGGUAAGCAAGAGGCAAUGCCAAGGGAGUUCUUCACUGAUUUUGUCAAGGUGGCUCAAGAUGAGGGCCGGCACUUCACUCUCCUUGCAGCACGGCUAGAGGAGAUAGGUUCUUCUUAUGGAGCAUUACCAGCUCGUGAUGGCCUUUGGGACUCCGCCAUUGCUACUUCAAAUGAUCUCCUUGCACGUCUUGCAGUUGAGCAUUGUGUCCAUGAGGCCAGAGGACUUGAUGUGCUGCCCACAACCAUUUCUCGUUUUCGCAAUGGAGGUGAUAAUGAGACAGCAGAAUUACUGGAGAGAGUGGUUUACCCAGAGGAGAUUACGCAUUGUGCUGCAGGGGUUAAAUGGUUCAAAUAUAUUUGCCUGAGGUCUAGUAAUCCUGCUCAGGAUCAGGACAGCUUGACACCUCAAGGUGGGGCAGGAGAAAAUGGAACAAUGGAGGUUGAAAAUGAAGUAAUUCAGAAGUUUCACUCAAUAGUGAGAACACACUUUAGGGGACCAUUGAAACCACCUUUUAACGAGGAGGCAAGGAAAGCGGCUGGGUUUGGUCCUAGAUGGUAUGAACCACUUGCUGUCAAAGAGGCCACUCCUGAAUGAUGACAGUAUUUUAUAUAGCAAGAAUACUCUGAUAAUUUUUGGUUGGGAAUUGAUAAUUUUUCCCCCCUUAUUUAAAAUGAGCCAGCUUAACUUUGGAUCAUAGAAAUCUUAAGAACUAGUAUUUCAAGUGGCAUAUCUCUUCAUCUGUUUUUGCAUCAUGGAACUUCUAA